UUCUCUGCACAGCGGAAGAUGGCGACAGACUGAGGGGCAUGGCCAGCAGGAGCCAAGGGGCCGUGCCGCUCGGCGGCCGCCACGGCGGUGCGAACGCGAGGCGGAAGCGAGAGGCGCACUAAGUAAAGCCCCGCGUCGGCGUCCGGCGCCUGUGGCGCCGCCGGGAGCCAGGUGGCCCGCCCGAGCCGGAACUCCGGGAGCGGCGGGCGCGGAGCCGGAGCGGAGCUGGCCCGGGACCGGCCCCGGCCAACGGCCAGAGCGCGAGCGAAGCCCGAAGGGCCGAGCAGAGGGCCGGCCGGCGGGCCUAGGAGGGCGCGAGCGAGGCUGGGAGCGGCGCAGAGCGGGCGGCCGGCGGGCGGGCGGACGGGCGGGCGGGAGCUGAGCAGCGCGGCGCGGGGCGAGCGAGCGGAGCGGAGCGCGGCGGCCGGGCCCGCACGGCGGCGCUGAGGGGCGCAGAGCUGCGCCGAGCCGAGACGGCCGGAGCGGAGUGCUAGCCGGGCGGCAGCCGGCGCGGAGUGAAGUGGCGCUGAGCCCGGGGCAGCUGAGCGGCCCGACACUAUGAGGAGUGCGGCGCCGCCGCCGCAGCCGCCACCGCCCCAGUGCCCCGCACCGCCCCCCGCCGGGACGCCGGGCAGCGCCUAGCGGGCCGGGCGGCCGCGCCCGGGCGGCGAGCGAGGGAGCGCGGGAGGGGCGCGGGGACGGCGCGAGAGCGCCCCGCCACUCCGGCCUGAGCGGGGCCCCGGGCCGGCCGGCCUGCCUCGCCAUGCAGCCCCCGAGGUAGAGCCUGGACGGCGCCGAGGAGCGCGGAGCGGCGCGCAGCCGGCUUGCCCGCCCGCCAGCCCGAGACGGCCGUCCGGCCUCGCGCCCGCCUUUUUCCUCCAGCCCGGACCCCCCUGAAAUAUGUUCAGGGGCGCUUGGAUGUGGCCCGGGAAAGACGCCGCCGCGCUGACUAUCUGCUGCUGCUGCUGCUGGGCUCCCAGGCCGAGCGACAAACCUUGCGCCGACUCCGAGCGGGCGCAGCGAUGGCGACUGUCCCUGGCGUCCCUGCUCUUCUUCACCGUGCUGCUCGCUGACCAUCUGUGGCUGUGCGCGGGGGCCCGGCCCCGGGCCAGGGAGCUGAGCAGCGCCAUGCGGCCGCCCUGGGGGGCCGGCCGGGAGCUGCAGCCGGUGCCUCCUCGCGCGGUGCUGCCGCCGCCGCCGCAGCCGCCCGACCAGCCCAGCGCGCCCCCAGGCACCUGCGGCCCGCGAUACAGCAACCUGACCAAAGCCGCCCCCGCCGCCGGUCCCGGGCCGGACUGCGGCGGCGUCCCAGAACCCACGGGGCUGGACGCAGCUUGCACCAAAUUGCGAUCUUUGCAGAGACUUUUCGAACCGACCACCCCAGCGCCCCCUCUACGGCCCCCCGACUCCCCUUCCCGUGCCCCGGCCGAGUUCCCCACCGCCAAAAAAAACUUGCUCAAAGGCCACUUUCGGAACUUCACUCUUUCCUUUUGCGACACCUACACGGUCUGGGACUUGCUGCUGGGCAUGGACCGCCCCGACAGCCUGGACUGCAGCCUGGACACCCUGCUGGGGGACCUGCUGGCCCUGGUGGCUAGCCCGGGCUCCGGGGCCUGGGAGGUGUGUAGCAACUGUAUCGAGGCGUACCAGCGGCUCGACCGACAUGCUCAGGAAAAAUAUGACGAGUUCGACCUCGUGCUGCAUAAAUACUUACAGGCAGAAGAGUACUCAAUCCGGUCCUGCACGAAAGGCUGUAAGGCUGUCUACAAGGCCUGGCUGUGCUCAGAAUACUUCAGCGUGACCCAGCAGGAAUGCCAGCGCUGGGUGCCCUGCAAGCAAUACUGCCUGGAGGUGCAGACCCGGUGCCCCUUUAUCCUCCCUGACAACGAGGAAAUGGUGUACGGAGGGCUCCCUGGCUUUAUCUGUACAGGGUUGCUGGAUACUUCGCCAAAGCGGCCGGAAACCAAGUGCUGUGACGUGCAGUGGGUCUCCUGUGAGUCGGAGAAGAAGAAGUUCAAGGAGUCUGAAGCCCCUAAAACCCACCACCAGCAAUUCCACCACUCUUACUUCCACCACUACCACCAACAGUACCCCCACUACCACCCCCGCCACGACCCCCCAGGCCACCUCAGCCACAAUCCCUCCCUGCUGCCGGUCUCUGGGGGCUCCCGCCUCAGUCCCAGCAGGAUCCGGCUCUACGUCCUUGUUCUCAUGCUCCUCCAUACCAUGGUGUCCUUCUCCAGCGGCCAGGGUGGCGGGGGACCGGGCCUGGAGGCACUGCCUGCCCUAGACGAGGGCCUGACUCGGGAAGAGUGACAGCAAGGAGGGAGAUCAGACCUCCACCACACACCGACAUCAGCUCCAGCGCCCCCCCCAGGGGGAGGGGGAGGGGGCCCCUCCCAUGGGAGGUGUAGGACCAGGUGGGGGGUGGGGGAAAUGGGGCAAUCACACAUCGCCCCCUACCAACCCCCACUCCAAAAGCAGCUCCAACAGAACCGCCAGAGGGCCCCAGGGAGCUGCAAAACUCAUCCAGGAGAAAAAGGCAGGAGCAGCAGGUGCCCCCCUCCCAGGCCCCCAUCUAUGGGGCUUAGCCAAAAAAAAAGGGGGGUAGUGGGGGGUGGAAAUGCCCACCACCACUGAGAGCCCUGACCCCAAGGAAGGAGGCUGCUCACCCAGCCUUGGCUCUUCAGGGAAUGUUGGGGGGCACAGAGGGGAGAAGCUCUUUCCCCCCUCCGCAUUCCUUUUGUUGCCACGAUCCUUAAUUCCCUCCUGCCCACACCCCUGCAGGCAACGGCAGACGACGCAGCGGCCCUCCUCCCGCUCCAGCGCACCUUAUCCCACGUGGGGCCGCCACAGGGAAGGGCCCAGCUGGGACAUGAGGUGUACGCAGUUGCGGCUAGGUCAGGGCCCCAGUGAAGCUGUGCCCCAGCACCCUAGGCCAUGAGGUAUAGGAAGGGGGUGCAGAAUGAGUGGCGGGAGAGAGCGGAGAUAGGGAAGAGGUGGGCAGCGUCCCCAAAUCAGAAAGGGUUGCGUAAGGAGCCCUCUGGAGAAGGAGCACAGGAGCACAGGGACUGGGUUCUUGGGCCUUGAAACAGAGGGCUGAGGGCACAUGGUCAGACUGCCGCUGUCUGAAGGGCCAUAUCUUACCGAAGGUGCACAUACUCCCAAGGGCCACUCUUGCCCUGGAGAUCUUGGCCUUGGGGCCAAAGACGUUUCCAUUUCUGAUCUCCAUGGGGAGGAGGGACUUAAGCCCAAGAGGGUCAGGCCUGGCCUGGGUCCCCAGACUCCCCCAUCUCGUCCUAGCCCAGGCCUCCAUGACGGAAACCCUGGUGGCGUUGCCCCCAGAGCUUUCCAGAGAUGAGCCUCCCCCAUCCCCAGCCUGUCCCCGUCCCCAGCCUACCAAAGAGUAUUCAUCCCUUCUCAUCCCUGACCCCAUGGGUUACUAUCCCAAUUGUGGAGCCACUACACUGCUCCUCACCCUGUAGCAGGUCCCCUAAUCCAGCCACCCCUGCCCCUAGCUGGAGAAAGUCCAGAAACUGGCAAGAGGACCUGCUAAAUAAAGACGAUGUGCUGUGGUCCCUUGGUUGAGAGACUUGAAGUGUUUAGUCAGGCUAGAGAGCUGCAGGCUAGAGAAGAGGCCUGGAGAGCCCCUUGGGGGCCAUUAGCCUUGUGCUGAUCUCCUAGGGGUGGGAGGCCACAUGGCCUGGGACAUCUACAAGCCAAUAGGAGCAGACGAGAAAGGAAGCCACAACUGUGUUCCUGGGACAGGCCAAGCGGCUUUCAGUGCCAGAAGGGCCUGUGUCCUGGGAUGCAAUGCCAGUGAGUUAAGGGGAGGGGUGGGCCUGGGGCUGCAUUAGGGGAAACCAAAAGGGGGAGGGGGAGGGAACAGCUGGAAUCAGCUGGCUGGGGGAUAAAUGGGAAACCUCACUAGUAGAGAGGGAAUCAUUCAAGGGCCUCAGCUGGGUCCCCAAAUAGGCUUUGUGAGACCAGGGAGUCCUUCCCUGCCAGUUUUCUCAUUUCUCACAGCGUGUUCCCCUCCCCCUGCCCAGCCCUGUGCCCUGCCCACACACUCCAUGUUUGGCCUUCAGCAUUUCAGGCCUAGCCACAUACCCCAUCCCUAGAGUGCUCUUUUCAGCUGGGGAGGGGAAGAGGUGCUGGCUCCUUUCCAGAGAUGCUUCUGUAGAUGUGAGAGACUCUACGCACUGCCUUGUAACUCCUGCAUCCUCAGGAGGGGAAAAGGGACCGGGAAGUAAAGGGGGACCUUAGGACCCCAGGGAAUAGACCCUUGGAGACUCCCAUCCCCUCUUCCCCCUCACCAAGUGCCCAGGAGACCCCUGGCUCAGACCAGCCCAGGGCCUUGCCCAGUGGCAGGGGAAAGGGGCACCUCACUCCACCUCGAAGUCAUUUGACUGUCCCCAUCCACCCCACUGCCCAGAUCUUCCACCACCCCUCCAGCUGCCCCUGCCGUUCGUCACAGGCAGCAGAGCUGGGCAGCUUUCUUACGCCAUUUUCUACACUGUGCUUCAUGAGUAGGACUUUCUUGCACUAGUUCCUAUGACUGAGUCUCCAAGCUGGAUUCCUAGUAGUCCCUGUCCCUUCCUCCCUCACCUGGCUAUGGUUCAGUUGUCGCCCUUCCCCUGCCUCUGUGUUUCGGUGAGAGUCUCUGUAUGUGUACCGCUUUCUGUUUUGUUGCAUUGUGGGGCAGAAGCCUCUCUGCUCUUGUUUAACCCCAUAAAGAAAUAAAUGGUAAGACUUGAUGAUAACCUUC